CACACCUCGAGCUCGCCCAGAAGCACGCUCGCCGCAGUCCGACACGCUGCACCAUCCCCGCCAGCCAUGGGACUCGCGCACCGAGAGUACCUGACGAGCAGCACCGGCGGCAAAGUCUUUGGAUGCCGACGGUGCAGGACCCACCUCACCACGAGCGAGCAGAUCGAGUCCAAGAACUUCAACGGCCAGCACGGCCGGGCGUACCUCUUCACCUCUGUCGUCAACAUCACCUGCGGGCCCGCAGAGGACCGGCCGAUGACGACGGGCCUGCACACGGUGCGCGACAUCAUGUGCGCAAAGUGCGGCGAGGUCCUCGGCUGGAAGUACGACAAGGCGUACGAGGCCAACCAGAAGUACAAGGAGGGCAAGCACAUCCUCGAGAAGGCCCUCUUUACCGACGUCCAGUGACCGCGCACACCUCCCUCCUCUCAUCGACUCGUCCCUCAUCUCGUGUAUCCAGCCUUCACCCUGUUGUCUUUACCUCGCUCCCUCGUCCUGUGCGCCUCCCUCUGGCUGUAGCUUCCCCUUCCCGCACCCUCCUCCUUCGCCUUUCUCGCCCGACUCGAGCUCUCUCCCCUUUUUGCCUCUCCCCCUCUUCGUACCUUGCACUUUAUGCCGCGCCUCGCGCAUUGCCUCUC